AUGAUUAUUUUCCAUCAGAUCAAAUUAUUUCUCACAAUUUUCCUUGUAAUAAUUAAUAUUUCUACUGUAUUUACACGUAAAAAAUUAACAGACAAUCAAAAUGCUAUUUUAAAUCCAUCACUUGAUGAUGAUGCUUAUUAUGAUGGUGAUCAACAAAUACCACAACAACUUGAAUUAUUUCAAUCCAUUGAUUGUUCAAGCCAAUGUGCACCAUAUUGGACUGAACCUGUUGUACAACAAAAACAAACUUUAGUUUAUCCAACAUCAGCAUCUGUUUCACUUAAAUGUCCAUAUAAUGCGAAACCGAAAGCUAAAUUAACAUGGCUUAAAGAUGGACAUCUUUUUACACCAGAAUUAACUGAAUUGUUUACAAUUGAAAAUAUGUAUUUGAAUAUAUCGAAAGCAACAAUGUAUGAUGCUGGAAUGUAUACAUGUGUUAUUGAAAAUAGUUUAGGAAAUAUUAGUCGAUCAUUUCAAUUAAUUGUUCAAGGUCGAAGUCUUGAUCGACCAGUAUUUACAUCAAAAUCAACAAAUUUAACACAAUAUGAAGGUGAUAAUGCUACAUUUGAAUGUUUAUUCUAUUCGGAUUCAAGUCCAUUUGUUCAAUGGUUUGUUCGACGACAAGUAAAUAAAAUUGAAGAUAAUGAUUUAGAAUUUAUCAAGUUUUCUAAUGGGUCAAGAUUUAGUGUAGGAAAACGACAGGAAUAUAAUCCACAUACAAUGUCAGAAGAUGAAGUUAAAUUAUUAAAUAUACAAAAAUUACAAAGAAAUGACACAGGUGCAUAUCUUUGUCGAGUUUUAAAUGAAUAUGGUUAUGCUGAUUUAAUACAUUAUCUUGUCGUUUUACCAGCAUCGGAACGUCCAUCUUUAUUAAAAAAUUUUCCAACAGGUAUACGUUAUAUAACAAAUCGAUUACCUGAUGAAUUAAUUAUUACAAUUGCAUGUGUAAUUGGAAUAUUAUUAUUUGCAUUUAUGUCUUUUCUUGUUUAUCAUUAUCGUAAUCAAAAAAGUUUACGACAAACUUUAUUAGCAACAAGAAUUUUAGCUACACGUGGUAUUAGUAAUUUAAAAAGUAAUCAACUUUAUCGAAGUGAUAUUGAUCCAAAGACUAAAAAACCAUUGAUUAAUGAUGGUUGUCGUCGUUUUCCUACUGAAGGAACAAUAUCAACAAUUAUUUCAUCAUAUUAUGAUGAUCAAUGUGAAUUUUCUCGAGAAAAUCUUAGUAUUGGUCAUUUAAUUGGUAAAGGAGCUUUUGGUUUUGUUUAUCAAGGUAUUGCAAAAAAUAUAAAAGCCGAAGAAAAAGUAACAACUGUUGCAGUUAAAACCGUUCGAGAUGAUGCAACAUCUGAAGAAAUCGAAAAUUUACUUAAAGAAUUAUCUGUAAUGAAAAUGGUUGGUAAACAUAUUAAUAUUAUCUCAUUACUCGGUUGCUGUACUCAAGGAGGUCAAGUUAUGUUAAUUGUUGAAUAUGCAAAAUAUGGUAAUUUACGUGAUUAUUUACGUCGUAAACGUCCACCAGGACAUGUUCUAUCGGGUUCAUUUGAACAAGAUGAAAAUGAUGAAUCCUAUAAACCUGAUGAUAGUGAUGAUUUAAUACAUUCAUUAUCAACAAUUGAUUUAAUUUUAUUUUGUUUGCAUACUGCAGCUGGCAUGGAAUAUUUACAUUCGAAAAAAUGUAUUCAUCGUGAUCUUGCUGCACGAAAUGUUUUAUUAGCAGAAAAUCGUGUAUGUAAAAUAGCUGAUUUUGGACUUGCAAGAGAUUUAACACAAACAUAUUAUUAUCGAAAACAAACUGAUGGUCGUGUACCAGUUAAAUGGAUGAGUCCUGAAGCUUUAUUCGAUAGAAAAUUUUCAACGAAAAGUGAUGUUUGGUCAUAUGCAAUAUUAGCAUGGGAAAUAAUGACUUAUGGUGGUACACCUUAUCCAUCAAUAUCAGCUGAGAAAUUAUUUGAUUAUUUAAAAGUUGGAAAUCGAAUGGCUCAGCCAUCGAAUUGUCCAAAUGAAAUAUUUCAAUUAAUUGAAUCAUGUUGGGCAUUUAAAGAAACAUUACGACCAACAUUUACUCAAAUAUCUGAAAAUCUUCGUCGUUAUUUAUAUGGUUCAUCACCAAUUGAUUAUUCUGAUUUAGAUUAUGUAGAUUUACCAUCAUUAUCAUCACCAUCAAUUAGUGAUUUUGCAUCAACAACUAUUCUACCUGCAUCAACAUCCGGUAUUGCAACGGAUACAAAUAGUCAUAGUCAAACAACAACAGCAACGACAUCAUCAUCAUCACUUUCCUAG